CGAGGGGUCCUGGCAGUUGUAGGCGCAGUUUGGAGCCGAGCUGCAAAACACAAAGUGAGUGUUUAUCUUCUGUUUGUUUACAUUACUACAUGGCGUCCACCUUGAUAUCGCCCGUGGUGGAUUAUUACAACGACGAAGAGGAGCUUGACAGCGUGGAAGACGAAGACGACCGCAGUUUCCGGGGGAGAGAGUCUGAAGAAGACACUGAGGAUGCCAGUGAGACGGAUCUUGCUAAGCAUGAUGAGGAUGACUAUGUGGAAAUCAAGGAGCAAAUGUACCAAGACAAACUGGCCUCUCUGAAAAGACAGCUGCAGCAGUUGCAAGAAGGGACACUGCAAGAAUAUCAGAAGAGAAUGAAGAAGCUCGACCAGCAGUACAAAGAGAGACUUCGAAAUGCAGAUCUGUUUCUUCAGCUUGAGACAGAACAGGUGGAGAGGAACUACAUCAAGGAGAAGAAGGCAGCAGUGAAGGAGUUUGACGAUAAAAAAGUUGAACUGAAGGAAAACCUGAUUGCGGAGCUGGAGGAAAAGAAGAAGAUGAUCGAGAAUGAGAAGUUAACAAUGGAGCUGACAGGCGACUCGAUGGAGGUAAAACCAAUCAUGACGAGGAAGCUGAGGAGACGACCCAAUGACCCAGUUCCAAUACCAGACAAGCGCAGGAAACCCGCACCAGCUCAGUUAAAUUACUUGUUAACAGAUGAACAGAUAAUGGAAGAUUUAAGAACACUUAAUAAGCUCAAGUCACCAAAACGACCCGUUUUGUUGUUUGGAGAAUCUCCUUUCCCUUUUCAACCAGAAAGUGCAUCUUCCUCUUUAGUGUCUCCUUCGUCUCCGGAGCACAUCCCCUCUGCUCCUCUGGAGAACCCCACCCAGCGCUACGAGGCACGCAUCGAAGAGGGAAAACUGUACUACGACAAAAGAUGGUACCACAAGAGUCAAGCCAUCUACCUGGAGUCCAAGGACAACACAAAGAUUAGCUGUGUCAUCAGCUCGGUCGGCACCAACGAGAUCUGGGUGAGGAAGACGAGCGAUAGCACGAAGAUGAGAAUCUACCUGGGACAACUGCAGAGGGGCACAUUUGUGAUCCGUCGACGGUCGGCUGCGUGAACCCCCCCCCUCCCCCCCCAGCCACGUAACCUUGUUCAUUUCAGUAUCCAUCCACUCACUCGUUCAUCCCGUGUCCUUCCUGGGUGCAGCUCUGAGUUUAAUAGAUCCCCUUCCCAUGUACACUACCCCCACUAUUCUUCUGUGACCAAGAACCCCCCCCACACGCAUACUUACACAACUGUUUUCAAGUAUUAUUUGUCACUAUGUGACGUGUGGAACCGGUUUGAGGUCACACUUUGGUCAUCACAACCCUUUUUUUUUCUUUUUUGUUUUAUUUACAUGUAUAUUUAAGACAUUCUUCUCCGUCUCACGCCGACCCACAAAAAUCUCUUCCCCGUGACACGUGAGCACUGAGAAACAGAACUGCCUUGCGCUCAGCUGUAUCAUGAAUCGCACACUUGGAGACGUUACAGUUUUAUAAGAAUUGAUUUUCAACAACCUGCCUUUUGUACUGUCAGAAAUGGAGAUUGUUAUGCAGACAGUUCUGGUACUCGUCUACCUUGAAAUGCCGUGUGUAAUAAACCUUAAUUUCCUGUUUGAGGGAAAAAAAA